AGGCGAGACGAUGAAAAGAAAGAAAACAAAGAUGCCAAAAGCAAAGAGCAUCAGAUCACCGAAGAAGAUAUGGAAGGCAAAACAGAGGAGGAAAUCGAGAUGAUGAAAACAAUGGGCUUUGGAUCCUUUGACACAACAAAAGCAGUACAUGAACAGAAAAGGUGGAUUCAACAGACCGUUGGAUUUUAUUGCUUGAUGUCUAGUUACCUAUGAAGAAUGGUAACUUCUUGUUACCUAUGAAGAAUGACAUCUGGAGCACGAAUGGUUAAUAUUUUAUUGUCUCGCUGUGACUUGUGUGUGCUGGGGUCUCCGAGACAGGAACUCAGCUUCUCACUGUAAAAAGAAAUCAGCUUAUUUAUGAGAGUCCAGAAACGCUUGCUUUGCCUGCAAAGAGAGGGAAGAGAGGGUAAAAAUGAUGCUUUCUCAAAAUGUUGGGUUUGAAUAUGUUCAGGCCUGUUUUGUUCCCUGUCAGGACUUUCCUGUUAGAUGUAUUUUUCAUUUCUUCUCUGAGUUUUUUAAAAUAACGAAAUAUUGUCAGUUACAAUAAAAACCAGUAUAUAUUUACCCCCACCCCAGAAUUAAAAUAUGAUGGCGUUGCUCAGGAAUAAAGCACCAGAGAGGAGGCUGUUGGAGAUGUCUGGGCAAUUAUUUGCCUGUCAAACAGAGGGAUAAAUCACUGUGAAGAUAAAUCUGGUUGAGGGUUUAAAACAGAAACAGAAUUAUUUUGAAAGUGUGCUCAUGGGAGAAUGUUGAAAGAGAAUUGUUUUCGUAAUUUAAGAUCCCCCCCCCCCCUUACUUUUCACUUAUCCCUUUCCUUACUAGUUAAUAAUCAAAGUUGUCAAGAACUACCGAGUAGAGUAGGAUAGUAUAGCAUAGUGUCAAAGGGUUGCAGUGAGUUUACUUACUGGUUGGCUUGGAAAAACAUAACGUGUUUGAAUAUUCCUCAGUUUUCAUAUUAGUUUACAGAUUUGUUACUUAAAAUUCUUCUUGAGGCUGAUGCUUCUCUGAGCAAAGUUUGGAGGUAAAUCUGGGUUAUAUUAAAGACCCAGAGGUGAAACAUUUAAUGCCUUCCGCUUUCAUUGCUUACUAUGCAUCUAGAUUAUUUUUAUAAACACCCGUUUUCAGAUGCCAUGGUUUAUUUGCUGUACCAUUUCACACACAUACCAGCAGGUGGCAGCACAUGGAAUGGCUGAUUUUUCAAGUGGCGGCUUAAAACUUAUUCGUAGAGUAGACCACACGCCCAUUUGACAUAAAACGCCUAAUGAACACCUCUGCUCCCAUUCGCAAUCAUGUAGACCACCUCUCCCAUUCAUGAUUGCAUAACGUCCCUGUGGCAAAUACCGCCAUUACUUUCAUGGCGAAGGUACAUUUGAAAAGUGCUGUGUGUAUUUUAGCUCUUCCUAGUUCAAUAAGCAGUGUUUGUCCUUUGAAAAAUAUUAAUCCUGCUCUCUAUUAUUCUUCAUCUCCUCUUUCCUCUGUCUGUGGGACCGGUCUGCUGUCUCUGAACCACCAGCAGCUGAUCCUAAACCACCAGUAGGCUGUGGACUGAGGUUUUGGGAAGGUCUGAUCAAAAGUUUGAUAACUCUCACAUUAUGCAAAUAGUUAAAAUCUCUUGCAUUCAUGUACCUUUUAACCUCUGAGACUUGGAUAGCAAAUAGCCUUUGCCUUAGAUGACCUGUUCUUCUUUUUUAAUCAAGCUAAGUAUUCAUGCCUUGGCAGGUGAGAUUGUUUGCUAAAGCCCCUCUGCUACUCCAUCCUUCACAUUUUAUCACAGCUUUUCCAGUAGUCUCCAUGACCAUUGACAAGCAAAACAUGAUUUUAUAUUUUCCUUUCCCCCAACUAAUCUGACAGAGGGAACAAUCCAGAUUAAAGUCACAUGUGCAACCCUCCAGUGACCUAGAAUGGCAUUAGGAUUUAUUCAGCCCACACAAAUAAAUGUAGGGACCUGAUACUAGUAGGAUGCCACGCAGUCAGAAAACACUCAUGCCAAGCACAGUCUGAACCCUGGUAAUGGAGACUGUUGAAAUUGGGCAAGCAAAACCAAUAAACAAAGGUAUGGCCAGAGCCUGUUUAAAACAGUGAGUAAAGAGCGUACUGCAUAUAACAGAAGACUGAGGAAGUUGACAGCCUGCAAUGUAGAACUGCCAGUCAUUAGAUGAGGAGAAGAAGAUUUUCAAAGGCACAAAUAAGUUUCAGGUGUUCAGUUCGAUUGAUUUUCAGUUGGUGCUGGUUGGCUAAGCAUUCUUUGUGCCUUCAGAUAUCUCCCUAAAGUCUGGAGAGGGCACGCCAAAAUACCCUACAGAAAUUUCUUUACAAUACCAAAGACCAAAAAAUGAUUUGCCUGUUGAACGCUCUUGAAAAGAACCUGCCAUUUAUGAGCGAUGCUGUAUGUGUGUUGUCAGGUUCUGCUGUGUAUUCUUGAACAUGUAAAAUCAUGCCUUGUUGGAUUUCUUUUAGAGAUGUGGGGGGAAAGAGAGAUCUGGAAUUUUACAUGCAAACCCUGAGAAUGAUGUCUGAAUCCUGCAGACAGAAGUCCAGGACAGUGGGUCACAGUAAGGAACCGAAAGCCUGUAGAAAAUCUAAAUGUCUAACACUGUCUAAUUUGUGCUGGCUUUUGUAAUUUUUUUCCCAUUGGGAAGAUUCUGUUUUACAUGAGGACAAUGAUAUUCCCCCACCCCAAAACACAACCACAGCGGAGAUGAAGAUGUUCUGUUAAAGCUCAUGCCUGAUUCUAAUCUCAGGCAGGAUUCCAGUUUUCUACUGGGCCUAUGACAAACAUAGAUUAAAACAGCCUAGAGGUGAGGGCAACGUCUUUAUUCCAAGGCUUUAUCCUACCCUAAGUCUUGAUUAGCACAAUAUAGCGGGAGGCCUCUUUUUUGCUGACCUCCGAUAAAUUCCCUCUGGUUGCCUGAACCAUGUCAAGUUAGGAUGUGAAAUAGAGUAUUACUACCUUAAAUCCUUAACUGAUUGAUUAAAAAACAAUCAUUAGCAAGUGUCUGGUUGUCCUAGAACACCAUGUCCUGGUUUGUUGAUGAAUUCUUCACCCUCACCUCUAACCCUGGGAGGUGACUGCUGCCUGAGGGACUCCAUACCAGUGCAGAAACAAAUGCUCCUCGUCAAGCACUAACUUAUCUUCUCUGUGCAUUAGAAUCAUGUGAUGCUUCUCUGGGAGAUCAUUGUCCUGCAUGUCUCACUGAGGUGUGGGCUAGGGCUAAAGCAACUCCAGCAAUCCUUCUAUAACAAUACAAAAUAGCUUAAUUCCAGGUGUUUCAGGAAUCCACCUGCAAUUAACAUUGUACUCCCGACCCCCCCCCCCAUCCCCCAACACAACUAGCCACAUGCUUUGAGAUGUAGCUUUGCCUGACAUUGUCCUUGGAAAAACUGAAGGACUGGAAGCCAUGGUAUUAUGUUCAUAAUAAGAGAAGAGGGUUUGCUAUGCCCUCUGUCACAGUGGGAAAUCCCCAAUUCAGGCAACAUGGUUAACAGAUUCCUAGGGACCUUUACUAAUGUAUAUUCCUACUAUCUAUCAGAGUAAUAUUGAGCCUCUACUCUGAUGUUGCCUAACUAGGUAUCCUGGAGACUACUGAGUUAUUGAAAGUGUAGCAUUAUCAGCUGGAAGAAAACAUACAAAUUUUUAGAGGGUUAGGUAGACAGUGCUCUGGAGAAGCAGAAAUGAAGAGAAGGUGGGAACAGGCUGGGAUACACAGGGGGAAAAAACCUAAUAGGUGAGGGGAGAGAGGCACAAUUAGAAAAGAGAGAAUUUUGUGGGGUUAGCAAGAGUCUCAGGGGAAAGCAAAUAUUUGAACUAGCUGAAAAAUAGCAAAAUGAGGCUGGAGGGAAUACAGACACUGAAAAAGACCAAGACACUAAGAUUAAAUAGGAAAAGUGGAGGCUAGCAAGCAGGAAAGGAGGAGAAAAGGCAGGCAUAGUAAGUUUUUGUGUAGACGUGUUUGCUCUAAACAACUGUGACUUAAUGGUAGUUCAGCUAUUUGCAGCAACAUCAGACAUGCUCCUCCCUGGAAUUUGGAAAGAGGAAAUUGACGAUCUUUGACUGUUGUGGGUUCCCCCUGCUCUUUGAAAAGAGCAGAGGUAACGUGCCUUUCUCUGCUGCUUCAACUGCAUGCUAUUUUCUGUGGUUGCUUUUCAUGGCUCCAUUUACUGAUUGCUUUUUUAAAAAUGGAUCUGAAACGUAGUUGUCCCUCAUUUACAUGUGGCGGUUAUGGUCAGUGAGGCAAAUGUUAGCCCGGUUGGCUGAAUGCUGUAUGCAAGAGAACACCUGCCAGUCACUUCUGAUCAUGUAAAAGUUGUUUGUGCACUUCCUUUGUACAUGUAGGCAUGAUCUGAUAGGACAUGGCGUGAUUUACAAGAACAGAAACCAAGCAUGUACAGCAAUCUAUGUUUUAUUAUGUUGUCAGGUUAAAUGGUCAAAGUACUGUUUAGAUUUAUAUGUCAGAGUUCAUGCCAGAGGAAUCAUUUAGGGCCAAGUUGCAAACCCCCAGUGACAGGUGGUUUCUUGGGAGGCUGGUCUGACAAUAAUCAGCGUGUGCUCAUUGUUUGAACCAAUUUAUUGAGUUGGAGCCUUCUCCAUGCCUAUCAUGCCCUGUUCUACUGUAUGCACCUUUACCAGCACAGUUCAGCUUUAAAUAAUCACAAAUUGUGGCAGAAGUGUUUGAAGCAGCCUUUUCCCCAGAGCGGGUCUGACUUUGUGCCCAUGAGCGUGAAGCAGGUAGUACUGGCAUAUCAGCACAGGGCAAGGAGAAGCAGCCUAGACAACCAGUUCUAAAAAACCUGAAGGGCCAGUGCUAGUGAUGCACAGCAUGAGGGGAGUUCCUGAUCUAUAGAGAAUAAUAGAAAGGGAGGGAUGCACUAAAGCCUUGCAAAACAUCAUGCAAAAGCCCUCCCACGUGAGUCCUGCGAUGUUCUGUUGUAAAAGGGUGGGGAUAGGUUGUUUUUUUUCGGGUGGCCUUUUGUUUUGUCUAAUCAUCAGUGUUACACUGCACAUGUCUGCAGCUAUAUCCCCCACUGCAUCCAGCCACCUGGACCUUCUACCCUCCCUAUCGCUUACAUGCUGUCUCCACCUUUCAUCCCUCCCUGCACCUUGCCCCUUGAAUCCAGCCCCUUGCACCCUCCCUGCAUCCCUCUUUUCUCCCCCCUUGCACCCCUUCCUGCAUCCCCCCCCCCGCAUCGCCCUUUGGAAUUUCCUGGUCCCUGCAUUGUUAGGGUCCGAAGCCUGACACCUGGCCCCAGGGGCUUUGUCCCCGCCUCUUUGGCCUUGCUGCUCGCUGAUUGGUUUGUUCCGUUGGAAGGAGCCAGUGGACGGUUGAAGCUGCGAAGGGGGAGACUUACACAAUAGAGAGAGGGCCUUUGGGAAGGCUUGACCAAUUAGAGGUAAGAAACGGGGGAAGGGGUGGGGCAUAGUUGGCUAAGCUUAUUGGAGAAGACUGGGGGGGGCGGAACAAUGAAAGUCGUAGCCAAUCGUAGCUUCCAAAGGGGGAGAGAGGGGCGGGGCUGUGAGAGCAGUUGUCCUUUUGGACCGCGCAAAGGGCGGGGCUUCCUAAGAUUUGGCCAAUUAGGAGGUAGCGAAGGGAUGGGCGGGGACCUCAGGCUACUGGGCCAAUGAAAGAAAAGAGGCGGACUUAUACUCAGGAGGCGGGAAUAUGGACAAAAGGACCAAUCAUAGGUGAGGAUAAUAGAGAGAGGCGCGUCUUUAUCUGAGCAGACCAAUGAGAGGCUGGGCGUUGGUUCUGGGUGUCCAAUGAGCACCGCGCUGGCAGGGGGCAGUGGGUUGGGUUGCGGGCGGCGGCGGGGGGGGGUUGGUUGCCCGGGGUCUGUCAGAGCGGAGCAGGAGGGAGGGGGGUAAACAUUCGGGCUGUGGAGACCGGCUGUUGCAGCUGCUGCUCCGUGAGGUUCCGCGGCAGGGCGAGCGCAGGGCCCCGGCAGUGGCGUAAGAUGGCGGCGGCGACCCGGGUCUGUGUGAACAUCCAGAUGCUGCUGGAGGCGGCCGAGUACCUGGAGCGGAGAGAGCGAGAAGCUGAACAUGGCUAUGCCUCUAUGUUACCCUACAAUAACAAGGACAGAGAUGCCUUAAAACGGAGAAGCAAGUCCAAGAAAAACAGCAGUAGUAGCAGGUCAACGCACAAUGAAAUGGAAAAGAACAGACGUGCUCAUCUGCGGUUGUGUCUGGAGAAGCUGAAAGGGCUGGUACCACUUGGGCCUGAAUCCAAUAGACAUACUACACUGAGUUUACUAACAAAAGCUAAAUUGCACAUAAAGAAGCUUGAAGACUAUGAUAGAAAAGCAGUACACCAAAUAGAUCAAUUGCAGCGAGAACAGCGGCAUCUGGAAAGGCAACUGGAGAAGCUGGGCAUAGAAAGAAUAAGAAUGGACAGUAUAGGGUCUACUGUUUCUUCAGAGCGUUCAGAUUCUGACAGAGAAGAAAUUGAUGUGGAUGUCGAAAGCACAGACUAUCUAAUGGGAGACCUAGACUGGAGCAGCAGCAGUCCUAGUGAUUCGGAUGAAAGAGGAAGCAUGCAGAGCAUCUGUAGUGAUGAGGGCUAUUCCAGCUCUGGCAUUAAGAGAUUAAAGCUGCAGAACAAUCACAAGCCUUGUCUCAGUCUAUAAGAAGCAACUAAGUAGCUGUUCCAUCCAUUGCAGUUUCCCUGUUGGAUCUUAUUAGGUAGUAUAUUGGACCGUCCCACAAUUCUCUUGCACGUAAAUUUAAUGUACCACCGUUAGCGAAAUCAGCUUUGCCUAAGUCCUGAAACAGUGCAUAGGGUUGUGGGUUAUAAGCUACUCUCUGGAGCACACAUCUGAUUGCAUCCACUAGCUUCUCUUUCUGUCAGUAAACUCAUCUCUGUGAGACUGUACAUUCCAACCAAAUUUUGAAGUACCCAAGAAUAUUUUAGCAGUAAUAGAGAGCUAAAAAACCCUCUUCUUUUUUUUCCUUGAUGUUAUUGUCUAGUAUUCUAGACCUACCUUGUCUUUGCUUAGCAACAUAAUGUAUCUAAUAUCCAGAACUAGUGGCUAAACAUAACUUUGAUCAACAAUCUGAAGGGGGAACCCAACUUCCUCGUAGUACAGAUCUGGAAAUGGGUGGACUAAACUUUCAAAAGUAGAGUGUGGAGCAUUUGAGCUGUCCUGACUCUGAUACUUGUGAGAAUUGUGUAGCAACCGUUUGAGAUUUUGCUUUGGAAAUUUACUCCUAUAUGUUAUGGGUAUUGCAUUUUUAGUAGUGUAGCUAUAUUACCACCUGACCCAGUCCUGUUGACCUAACUCAUUCAAAACUCCCAUUGACUUAAAGUUCAAAGGGCUGUAUAUUUGCGGCCUUUACUUUCAAGAGUAACCCUAUUGAACUCUAUCUCAGAUUAGCAGCCAGCAAAUGACAGUGGGAGUUUUGACUAGUGUGGGACAGUGGGACCAAUCUUGGGACAUUCUGAGCAGCUCUUGCAAGAUUGUAGGCACUCAGCGCCUCGCAGGAUUGGGCUGCAAGACUUUGGCAACACAGAUAUACUGCUCCACCUCUUGCAGGUACCUUUAUAGGAUGUCUUCAACCUUGCACAUCCCAGUUUCUUUAAUACCUAAACCCAAAUGGUACUAUUUCUCUAGUGCAAUUUAUUGUGACCUCAUUGCAUUACAGCUGCAUAUUACUGUUCUAGGCAAGUUUUCCUAGAAGUUUUUCUUGCUUCUCAUCUCUGGGACAAUUCUUUUCUACCUCAGAGAGAUGAACAAAGAUUAUCUCAAUCCCUUUAGCACAAAAAUAAUUAUGCCUCAUUUGUUUCGAUAAGCAAUGCUUGGUCCUCUUCAAAUCUGUUUUACUACAAAUUUUAGCAAUAACUGAGUGAUAAAGCUAGCUGUGCUAACUUUGGGUGUCAGUGAUUGGGCACAUUUUACAGGAUGUUGCUAAUACUACGUUACUACAAUUAUUCAGUGAAGUGCUAUUCGCAUUAAAGCACUUCCUCACCUGGUUGAAUUAUAAGGCACUCUAAAACUGGCUCAAAGGAUUUUGUUGCCAGCUUAAACCUUAAUAUUUUCCCCCAAAAAUGUGGCUUUCAACCUUGCAACAUUUUCAUUUAAGCUAAAUAGAGCACAUGUAAAUGUACAUAAUACACAUGAUCUAUAAAUAGUAUUUAUUCAUUUUAUAUAAAAUUAAUGUAAUGGAGAUGCAUUCUUAUGACUUUGUGCUUUUAUAGAUGUUCUGGAAACUUUGUAUGUAGAGGUCUGCUAACUGAGAUAUAUGUAGACAGAUUUCUUCAGUCCUCUUUGCUUGAAACAUUUUAAGGUCUUUAUAUUCAGCCCACUUGGCAAACUCCUCACAAUGAAUAUUCAAUAUUUGAUUCCGGUUAUACAACCAGCUGGUACAAGGUGACCAGAGAAGCCCUAAUAUCCAACUGAGCAAUUUCACUAUAUAAAAGGGCUAUGUAGCUUAUUUAGUGAUGGUCAACAAAAGUGGGCUUUCACACUUGCCUGCAGUCUUUAAAAAUGCAGUUCAUGAGCCUGAACUAGUCAAGCUGCCAAAAGCCACUAAGGCACUCUGUAAAAUGCAAAUGAGCAAACUAUAUAAAAUGAGAUUUGUUUUCUUAAAAUAUCCUCAAGCUAUUUUUGGAUCAUUUGACCUCUUUAAAAAAAGAAAAGAUGGGAAAUGGGGCUAGUGGAUUGCUAAAAAUCUCCAAAGUAUAUUCUCUUUGUGUGCGCUAUGUUUAAAAAAAAAAAAAAAAAAAAAGGAAUUUUUUUAAACAGCUGGAAUUUUCAGAUGUCCAGCAGAUUUGCACUGAACUACAACUUGUAUGCCUUUUGCAUUUUUAAGCCUGCUUCCUGAGUACAAGCAGAGAAUCUUCAGAGAGCUAGCUCAAAACCUGUAAACUUAAAAAAAAAAAAAGUUGAAUAUCUGCACUUUGAGGUCCUUUGCUCAAUCUCUUUUUUCCUUGAGACCUCUUGCUUUUUUUCCCCUUCAAAUAAGUGUUGCAUAAACUGCCUCACAAAACCAAACCUAGAGUUGCAGAUAUUGCGACCUUUAAAAAGGUAGUAAAGUAACUUUAGAUAUUUGGAAAGUGUCGGGGGGGUAUAUCUGAAAUAUUAAAUUGUGUACUUUGUAUGUUUUUUUAUUUAGAAAUACCGAGUCUUAAGGAUUCAGCAUAAGGGGUUUUUAAUUGUUGUGCCUUUUGAGUUAACUACUUUUUUUGUGUGAAAUAUUGUGUUUUGUCCCUAUAUAAAACAGUAAUUAUUUGACCUUUGCACUGUUUGGAUGUGGUCCUCUCAAUUUUGAUGGCAUAGAAAAUGUUGAACUUUGAAAAUGAUGCACUAAUGUCAAAACUGACACAAGGGUAUACGUGGUGUCUUUUUCCAAAACUCUAGGCGGGUGCAGUAAAUUUUGCUACUGUGGGCUCCAAGGCCACUUUUGUAUUGGCUAGGACCAUCCUUGGCAGCUUCAAAUCUCUCUGGUCCUCUUUGCUAGUCAACAAGCCCAAGCCUCAGGCAGCUAAGUCUACUUCCAAGGCUGCUGAAAUGGUAGCAUUUUUGUGUUUUGCCAGCCUUUUCCUCGAAUUCACUGAUCCACCAGCAUUAUUACUAAAUAAGCUGCAGAAAAUAAAAAAUUUUGUAGAUUGUUAGGGGAGUGAGGGACUACUCGUAUAUUCCAAGUUUACGAUUGAUAGUUGCACAGAUGUGUGUGAAUAUAAAACACACUUUUUCUUGUGAAAAGGGCAGAUAAAAAAAUACUGCCAUCAGUAACUAAGUUUCAGUGAAAAUGGUGAAAUGAAGCACACACUCAAUUGGAAGAGAAAUCAGAAACUCUUGCACUUAAUAAUCAGAGCAGAGAAGAAAAAAUUGCAGUAACUUAUGUGUUAAUGAUGGUCUGUCUUAAACAUCCUAAAGUAUUGUUUGUACCUAUUGAGCUUGUUUUCCUGAGUGUUGAGCACCCAGAAUCUAAUUUCUUCUACAAAGCAGAGCUUUCAACUCCUCACGGUGCUGAUAGUCACAUCUUUUGAAUUUCCAGGGUCAUUGCUAAUACCAAUUUAUGAUGAAAAUUCAAAGAGCACUUUUUUGAGCAGCACCGAAGGUGCCACUAACUUCACAACAUCUUAUAAGAUGAUCUGAAACACUUCUGAGCUCUGGACGUUAACAGGCCAUGGUCUGCCAGUUGCCACGUUAGCACUUUGUUCUCUAAUAAGGCACUUCUCUCCCCCAGUUCCAAACCCACUACAGUGCUAUAUUGGCUCUGAAAACAGAGAGCUCUCUCUGAUGUCACUCCAGAACUACAAAUCUGUGCACUAGGCCUACAAUCCUAGCCAAGAGAGAGCCUAUGUUAUAAUGUAUGGUGGCUUUUCCUUGCUCAUUCAAAGUGUGUGAACUAGAUGAAACAGGCAUCUGAAAUACUAUUUAGCAAUACGUUCGGGCUUUGAGUUCUUCUUUUGCCCCUUUUGUAACAAAUUUCAGGUUUUGACACUGUAAUGUAUUGGGAAGAAUUCUGCUUUUGCCGGGCUAUGUAUCUGCUCCCCUGAAAGUGUAUACUCUGUUGCUUUUUUUUAUUGCUGCUUGGUCUGCAAAUUGUUUAUACUGUCUAGUAGUAGAAAUAGGUACCUCGUUCCGAAGCAUUAUUGAAACAUGCGACAGCUGUGUGAAUAGCUAGCUGAGUAGACAUCUCUGGGGUAUGGAAGAAAUCACGAAAAAAUUCCAGCCCCAAAUAGUCAUCUAGCGUUCAAGCAUCUCUGUUAUUGCCAGUUUUUUUUUUUUAAAAAAAAUCUGGGGUAUAAUAAACUUGAUCCCCCUUUUUUAUUUAUUUGGAAGAAGUUUUUUUUUUUUUUUUUUUUGGUACCAUGUUGUUCAGGUGAAAGAAUAAACUCGGAGGCAGGUCUACCCAGUUGCUAUUUGCUGAAUAGCUGUUGCAUGACUGCAAAAAAAAAAAAAAAUUCCAAGUACCUAUGUCUUCUAAAGUGCCCAAACCUUAAGCAACCUGGAGUUUUGACCAGUUCUAUUUGUGCUGUUUUUUCUUUCAAAUUGAUAAAAGAACCAAACUUGCCUAUCUCCCUUUCUCAAGUUGGUGCUCUUAGCAACACUGCUGUUGAACCAUCCGUUUUAUUUUUGGCAGUCUUCCAAAUAGUAAACAGGGGAGCAAGCAGGUGGGAGAAUAUGAAUUCUGUUUCCAGAUGUUAAGUUCCUAAUGUAAAUACCACAUCAUUAUGAAUCCUGUGUCAAGACCAUAUAAUGGUGCUUUUUAUUACAGUUAGCACAUGCAUUUUUAGAAACUACAUGUUUUAGAAGACCUUGCUGUGUAUAUGUAUACUUCUGUAUUGUUCAACUGUUAGAUAAUAAAUUAUUUCAUUACUAAA